AUUAUUUCCGUACAUAUGAAAUUUGUGACAAUAUUGUCCGGUGGUGUGAGAUUUUUCUCAUGUAAAAUCUGUGCCUUUGUUCAACAAAAGUUGGGAAACACUGCUAUAAUGAAGGAAUUGCAGCCAUAAAUGGGGUUUUCAGGAGGGAUGACAAUGGAGGUGUGCCACACAGUUUGAAAAUUCUUGAUAAGUAUGAUAAAGAAUAGGAGGGUGCCAGGUAGGUGGAAUUUUCAUGGUAGACAAUCAUGUAUUUAUAGUUAUACAGGGCUCAAUACAUUCUAAUGCUGUGUCCAUGUCUAUUUUAUUUUUUUUUACGGGGGCUUGUGUUAGCAGUCGUUGCAUUUCUGCUGAGUACAGCACGAGUUUGCAGAGCAAAUAUGAAGCCAAGCAGCGUCCCACUGAGUUCUGCGCUCCGGCUAGCAGAGAAGGAGGGAAGUAGGAGGGCUGAUGUUCUAGGCGGGCAAAAAUAAGAACGUCAGGGUUGAUCAUAACCAUAUGCUGGCUGCUAUUUUCCCCUAAACUAAAAAGCAAUAUGGGACGGGAGCAUUUCGGGGGAAAACAAAAACAAAGAAAGAGACUGGGCAGGGCCUAAGGCAGAGGAAGUGAUCUGCUAUUUCACACACUGCUGGUGAAGUUCAGCUCCUUGUAAGAAUUCUCCCGACUAUGGUCUCGGUCAUCUGGAAUGUGAAGUCACCUCCUCUGUCUACGCUGCGUUCCAAAGGGGUCGUCUCUUCCUGUCUUCAACCGCCCCCCUCACCACCCAUCUGCUCUGACAACACGCUUGAGCAACCACUGGAUGCCACGCCAGUGUGGACAGGACGCUUUUGACAAACACCGGCAUGAAAGUGAGAUCCCAGGAGGAAGCCACAUCUGACCAGACUCCCUCUAAAAGGAAUCAGGCUCCAGAAAAGAAGAGUACAGUCAUCAGAUGAACAUUUUGGCGCUUACUCCUAUUCCCUUAUAUGGCAUCGGAGCUGGGAAAUCAUUUGAAUUAAUCUGGAUUCUGGUUGCAUGCCUGGAUGUCUGCUUUUAGUGCUGACUGAGUUGCAUCUGGUACGUUUCUGCUAUUGCUCUUUACUUGGGAGUGUGUGGGCACUGUCUGUCUGUAUGUCUGUCUCGCUCUGUGUGUGAGACGCCUGGUUGGUUUGUUUUGCCAUUUCUUUCCCUGUUUGCAUAUGGACUUUUUGUUUUGGGACGACAAGAAGAGGACUUGUGUUUGUGGUUGGGCUAGAAAGUUGGCUGCUCCUGCUGUUUUUCCUCUUCCUUGCGGCUGGAAUAGGCAAACACAUACACCUGGCAGCCAAGAAGCGGAACAGGCUCUCUAUACAAAGACGACUGGAGCUCCAUCUGAACAUCCAUCAUUGUUUGGAUGUUCCCUUUUUUUACCCAUUCCCAUGCAGCCAAUGUGGGGUGAGGACAAACAGGGACCCAGGAAGAACUUGUUAAUAUAAAUUGGAUUGACGUGGAUCACAGGAAAAGACACAUGAUAUCCAGGUGAUACCCUUUGAAGGAUGCGUUACCGCUGAUACUCUCCUCAUGUGGAUUACCUACAUUAGACUGUCUCCCAGCAUCGGUUGCCAUGGCGACAGCAGCAUGGUAUCACCGUGACAUCAGCCGUGUGCACGCAGAGGACUUGUUGGCACGGGCCGGGAGGGAUGGAAGCUUCCUAGUCAGAGACAGUGAAUCUGUGCCAGAAGCUUACGCUCUGUGCCUACUGUUUCAAUGCCAUGUCCAUACAUAUCGCAUCCUUCCUGAUGCAGAUGGUCUCCUUGCAGUCCAGCAGACCACACAGGGAGUCCAGGUCAACUGUUUCCGGACACUGGAGGACCUUGUUAUGGGAUACCAGCACCCACACAAAGGCUUGGUCACCCCUUUGCUUUACCCGGUGCCCCGUGACGCUGACACCGGGGAUGAGAGCUCAGAUGAUGAGAGGACACCCCAAAGUCAACACGCCCCUGUCAACACGGUCACCUUCACAACACCACUGGCAAAACCAGAACCGCACGCCUUAUUCCUGGAUAAGUUGCAGGAACUGAACACAUCCACUACUGCAAGUGAUGUGAUCGGACUACUCAACGACUAUCUCUUCAGGGAGCUGCCGCUGGACAUUGAGAAUGUUCAUAAAGGGGCGACGACCCUCUGCCACCUCAAGCGUACUCUGGGUGUUGCCUGCCAGGGCCUGAACAGUGAGAUCGACCUAACUCUCUCGAGUCUGGAAACGUUGGCCAAGGUUUUUGACCACCCCAGCUGCUCUUUGUCGAGCACAAAUUCCCAGGGUCCAGAGAUGGAGAUGGACACCUUGCUGUGUAAGAUUUCUGCAUUGGUCAGCCUCCUUUCUUCUCUGGAGAAAAAGGUACUCGAGGCUCUCCAAGACGCAGUAACCAAUCACAAUCUGGCAGUCCAGCGGAACCCGCCUCCCCCGGAACCAACGCCCGCUGUUACGAAUUCUGCCAAGAGCCACGGACGUCGUCACCAGCCAGUCCACUCCUUCCAGGUAAAGAUGCUGCGCUACGGCAGGCAGACGGUCUCUGUGGAUGUGGAUGCAGGCGUGCUACUCUUUGACAGGAAGGCCAACUCGUUCGAUGUAGAGCGGGUCUCACAUGAUAGAGUUCUUCAGGUUGUAAAGUACCAGAGUAGUCCCACGAAGGUACGAGUGGUGAUUGACAGCCACAACAAUGCACCACGGGAGAUGAUAUUUGAGAGUACACGGAAGGGCAAUGCCUUCUGCCAACUCCUCCAGCUGAUGAAAACAAGGCACUCAAAGCUGAAUGAACCUGACGUCAUCUCUGUUUUCGUCGGCACCUGGAAUAUGGGCAGUUCUCCUCCGCCUCGCAGCGUGCAGUCGUGGGUAACCUGCUGCGGUUUGGGGCACACCCCCGACGAGUCCACGGCAUGUCUGCCUCACGACAUCUAUGCCUUGGGGACGCAGGAAAACCCUCAGGGGGAGAGGGAGUGGGCGGAACAUAUUAAAGCAACCCUUCGGAGCCACACCCAGAUUGAUUUCAAACAAGUGGCAGUGCAGUCCCUCUGGAACAUGCGGCUGGCUGUGUUUGUGAAGCCGGAGCAUGAGAGCCGCAUCAGCCAUGUCAGCACUGCCAGCGUGAAGACUGGCCUGGGUAACACUUUGGGGAACAAGGGAGCGGUCGGUGUGUCGUUCCACUUCAGUGGAACAUCUUUUGGAUUUGUCAAUUGCCACCUGACCUCAGGAAGGGAGAAAGUUCUGAGGAGGAAUCAAAACUUUGUGGACAUCCUCAGGCUGCUUUCACUAGGUGACAAACACCUCGGUGCAUUUGACAUCAGCCUGCGUUUUACUCACCUCUUCUGGUGCGGAGACCUCAACUACCGACUGGACCUGGAUGUACAGGACAUUCUGAAACAUGUAUCUAAGAGGCAGUUUGAGGAGCUCAUGUGUGCGGACCAGCUGACUCGAGAGAGGCACAAGAGGAAAGGCUUUCUCUAUUUUAAGGAAGAGAAGAUUGCAUUUCCACCCACCUAUCGGUAUGAAAGAGGCUCAAGAGACUGCUACCUGUGGCAAAAGUACAAGACUUCAGGGGUGCGAGUCAAUGUUCCGUCAUGGUGUGACAGAAUUUUGUGGAAGUCGUACCCUGAGACACACGUAAUGUGCACAGCAUACGGAUGCACAGAUGACAUUUUCACAAGUGACCACUCACCUGUUUUCGCCACCUUCCAAGUGGGCGUGACGUCACAUUUCAGCUCCAAAGCAGAUCCAAGUUCGGGCGUUGAGAAGGCCUGGGUUGAGCUGGAAGGCAUUGAGGCCAUCGUGAAAACGGCGAGCAAAGAAAAGUUCUUAAUUGACUUUUCUUCGCCUUGCCUCGAAGAGACACGGCGUUCAAGUGAGAAUGACUCGCAAAGCUGUGAUGUCCCUGGCUUUCUCAAACUGGCCUGGUCCUUCAAACAGCUACCAAAGCUGCUUCCGCACAGGUCUGACAUGGCCUACCUCCAGGAUCAGCACCUGCUGUUGUCCGUCAAGUCAUGUGAUGGUUUCGAGUCAUACGGUGAAUGCUGUGUGGCUCUCUGCUCCCUUGUCGGUGCAUCAGAGCAGUUUGAGACGUUUCUGAGCCACCGGGGUGAGGAAAUCGGCUCCAUCAGAGGACGGGUCCGCAUUCACGUACCCAAGGAUAGACGAGGAACCUGUGAAAAGACCUACGAGUGUUUCCGUUUUGAGAAAGACGACAGGCAGGGGCACAUGUCUCCUGCAUCCACACGAGUCCAAAUAAACAGGUCUUUGGCAGCUACUCCAAAACCAACCCCAAGCAGCUACACCAAUCCAGCCUACUUCAUCUUCGAGGGCGUGUCAGUGGUCCGGGGCAUUGAGGAGGCUCUCCCCCAGCCAAGGGACCCGCAGGUGAUCUGGGCCGGAAAUGAGGCUCUGCAACUACCCAAAAUCUCAGGAAGGCACGUCUUCAACACGAAACCCUGUCGCCGAUCAGACUUUACCGAGAUUGAAAUUCCUGCCAUCCUUCCCCAGUACACUGCGUCCAGUCAACUUCAGACGCAUCAACCUAACUCCUCCUAUGAGCUUUUCCCAGCCAAAAAGCCCUCUCCCAUAUCUCCACCCUUGAGUAAAAGUAUUUCCCAGUGUCAGGAACACUUGUCAAAGUCUAAAUACCAUGCGAAAAACAUUUGCCAGGACUCCAUAUUACCAGAGAAGAACCUGAGGAACCUGUACAUUAAUCAAUCCACAAUCAUGUGGCAAAAAGCCAGGAGGGAUCUCCCGGAAAGAACCGAUACCAUCAGGAAAACAAAAGCCCCACCAGUUUUCCAAUUUACCACCGUUCCCGCUCCUCUGGGACACUGUCGGCCUGCUCCUUGGGUGGUGGACCAGCAGCAGCAGCAGCAGCAGCCCCCCGGCCCCACAGGAGACAACUCCCUCACCGCUCUGCAGAUUGCCAAGUCACUCAGUGAGGUUGACUUCUUCCCCUCAAAGCAGGGCGCUCCAUCCUAUCCGAGCCAGAGGCCAGGCUACAGGAAUGGUCCUGUCUUGCACACGGAGAGGCGCCACAGCUGGGAGAAUGAGGUAUCUGUGCUCCAAGGUGCUCCAGAGACGGUCUGUGAGCUCCUCAGUGCUUUGGGCCUUCAGAAAUACAAUCUGGGACUCAGCCUCAAUGGCUGGGAUGAUCUGGAUUACUUCAGUGGCAUCACAGAAGACGAUCUGCGUGCUGCGGGUGUGACAAACUCUUCCCACCGACGCAGGAUCUUGGAGAACCUACCCAGGAACUGGAACUGAUAUAACUCAAUUAAAAAAACGAACAGUAGGAAACCACAUCGUUUUGACAGAAGAUGGCAUCAGUGCAUAGUUUUCUUUCCAGCAAUUCUCGAGUGAUCUUCAACUUUUCAGGGAUUUGACUUGAUGUCAAUGCCUCCAUCCAAUGAGAGUGUUUGAGGUACAGUCAGUACAUUUUCACUGCAAUUUUCAAUUGCACUCUGCCAUGUGCAAUUUCUGGAUGAAAUUCAUUAUCUUUUCAGAAACUGCUGCUCUAUAUCAAAGCAAGAAGCCAAGCAAAAGGCGUCUGCUUCCAAUAUACUUUUCUUCCAUCACUCUACUAGUUUUUUUAUUUUUUAGUUACCGGAUCAAAAUAUAUUAUACCUACGUUUUUUUUUUUAUUUUUUUUUUUUUUAUCAACAGUAGACCCCUUGCAUCUCAAUCGGUUGGGUAAAAAUAUGGUCCAAGAAUCAAAGAAGAAUUUUAAACAUGAUCAGAUGGAAAUAAAAAAAAAAAAAAAAAAGUCCUAUCUUACUUGUUCUCCGAUUGUUUUUUUCCCCAGAAUGUUUUUCUUUAGUCCCGCGACCCUUGUGAGGAUAAGCGGCUCAGAAAACGGAUGGAUGGAUGGAUGUUUUUCUUUAGCUUUGACAGUGCGUGAAUACUUACAAGGGUGUCUAGUGAUAAUAAGAAAAUGCUCACGGUAACAAGAGAACUAGAAUGGGAACUUGUCACCAAAACGCAAAAUCAAAGAUAAGGUUAGCUACACGUAUUGUUGUGUUUAACAAUUAGUUGCAUCACUUCUUUUUGCACUUAUGACAAUGAGCAAUGCUUAAAUGUUACUUAAAGCAUUACCUCGUAAAAGUUUUAUAAUGGUGAAAGUUCAACCCCUUUACUGGAUUACAGUGUUCCCCUGCUAUUUGCGGGGGGUAGGGGCUGAGCCGUGCCAUGACUGGCAAAUAUCCACAAUUGACAACCCCCAAAGGGUUUAUAAUUGCCUAUAUAUGCCAGAAUAUGACAGUAAAUCACUACUUUAAUCCAAAUGACGUGACAGUUUAUCUUAAUUCAAUGUAGUUCCGUGGUACCAAGAUCCCACAAGAUGGCAGAAACUCACUACUUUUGUCUAAAUAAGGCUCCUCAACUCACUUCCACGUAGUUCCUUGGCAUGAAGAUGCCAUAAGAUAGCACCAAACCAGUACUGGUAUUGCAUUACUUUGAUGAACUGUUAAACGGGUAAGUCCCGUGAGUCGAAUUGUGAAUAUGCGGGGAACACUGUAAUUGUAUUUCGAUUAUUUCCCAUGAGGAAAAUUGGAGUUGAAUUCCUAAUGAAUUGUUGAAUGAAAGAAAGUUGAAUGAAUUGUUGGAGUUCCAAGGAAUCACUGUACUCAUUCAAUACAGUAAAAGAAAUGUGAACGCGCUUGAUGUUCAAAUAAUAUUGAUUCUUGUGUCCAGGUCUCAUUCAUUUUGUCCACAUUAUCUGCAGGCAAGUGUCUCUCUUUUUUUUUUUUUUUUUUUUUUUUUUUUUUUACUGAGUGUACCUUCUGCGCCUAUUGAGCCUGGAUCUGAGCUUGUAAAAGCCCACAAGUAAAAUUAUAUAGUGGUAUUAAAUCCAUGCAGUACAUAUGUAGUAAAGUCUGUUUACCGUCUCGUACUCUUUCUAUCAUGUCACUUAAUCAGCGCUUGUGUCCACUGUCUCUUCAUGUUUCAAGUAAAGUGCAUUAGAUGACUUUUA